AUGGAGAGCAGAGGGCCACUGCCUACCUCGUGUUGGCUGCUGCUGCCGCUUCCGCUGCUGCCGCCGCUGCUGCUGCUGCUACCGCUACCACCUCAUACCCGCCAGGGACUGGCCCUGAGACAUAUUCUCCCCACCCAGAGGGCCCAGGAUCCUCCUGCUAUGCAUCUCAGCAAUGGCCCAGGACAAGAGCCUGUCACUGUUUUGACCUUUAACCUCUCCAGGGUCGCAAAAACCUCCUCCUCCUUUGAGGUUCAAACGUGGGAUCAAGAGGGAGUCAUUUUUUAUGGGGAUACCAACCCUAAGGAUGACUGGUUCAUGCUGGGCCUUCGGGAUGGCAGGCCUGAGAUCCAAAUGCACAGUCACUGGGCCCAGCUUACAGUGGGUGCUGGACCUCGGCUGGAUGAUGGGAGAUGGCACCAGGUGAAAAUAAGGAACCAUGGGGACUCAGUGCUCCUGGAGGUGGAUGGGGAGAUGGUGCUACACCUGAGACAGGUCUCUGGGUCCCUGAACAUCAAACCCCAGACCAUCAUGAGGAUUGCGGUGGGGGGAUUGCUCUUCCCCCCCUCCAGCCUUCGGUUGCCACUUGUCCCUGCCCUGAUGGAUGGCUGCCUGCGGCGGGGUAGCUGGUUGGAUCCACAGGCCCAGAUCUCAGCCUCUACCCUCACUAGCCUCAGAAGCUGUGGUCUAGAGUUGCAACCUGGGUUAUUCUUCCCUUCAGGGACUCACACAGAAUUCAGCCUCCAAGACAUUCCCCAGCCUUAUACAGAGCCCUGGGCCUUCUCUCUGGACCUGGGACUCAAGCUGGCAGCAGGCUCAGGCCACCUCCUUGCCCUGGGGACACCAGAGAACCCUUCUUGGCUCAGCCUCCACCUCCAAGAUCAAAAGGUGGUGCUGUCUGCUGGGUCAGGGCCAGGGCUAGAUCUGCCCCUGGUCAUGGGACUCCCUCUUCAGCUGAAGCUGGGUAUGUCCAGGGUGGUCUUGAGCCAGGGGCCUAAGACAGAGGUCCUCGCUUUGCCUCCCUUGGGCCUUGGCCCCCUCAUCAGCAGCCUCUGGGCCCAGUCUGAGGGGCAUCUCUUCCUGGGGGCUUUACCAGGAGAGGACCCUUCUGCUUCCUUUUGCUUGGAUGGGCUUUGGGUGCAAGGCCAGAAGCUGGACAUGGACCAGGCUCUGAGCAGGAGCCAGGACAUAUGGACUCACAGCUGUCCCCAGAGCCCAGGCAAAGGCACUGAUACCUCCCAAUCAAUCCCCACAUGA